CUUUACCGCCGGUCACCGUCGUCUCCUGCCAAACCGGGAUUUAACCACUGGCUCCUGUCUUCUCAAGCCUGAUUUGGCCCCCUUCCACUUCACGGAAGAGCAAAUCUUACUCUCCUUGUUUACAGCCGCUUCUUGGCGGAUUCCUUUUUUCCCCCCUCCCCAUUUUCUUCCUUCCCCACUUUUUUCCUCUGCUCCUGCGCUGGGAGAUUCCUUAGGGCCAGGGGAGAGGUUGACAUUCCUUUUGAAUUUUUUUUUCUUUUUGGGAAAAUACCACAACCUUGCGUUCCUUCCUCGCGCUCUCCCCCUCCCUGUCUCCCUCCCUUCCAUCUCUCUGGCUUUUCCCAGACCAAAUCCGGGCUGAUGUGCUUCGACAGAGGUUGGAAAUGGAAGUACUGAUGGUCUGGCUUUUCCCUUGGAUCUUUCAGUGUAUUUCCGUGCGAGCCGACUCGAUCAUCCACAUCGGUGCGAUCUUCGAAGGCAACGCGGCCAAGGACGACGAGAUCUUUAAGCAGGCGGUGGCCGACCUCAGCCUGAACGAUGACAUCCUGCAGAGCGAGAAGAUCACUUACACCAUCAAGCUGAUCGAAGCCAACAACCCUUUUCACGCCGUGCAGGAAGCCUGUGACCUGAUGACCCUGGGGAUUUUAGCCUUAGUGACUUCUACUGGUUGUGCCUCCGCCAAUGCCUUGCAGUCUUUGACAGAUGCCAUGCACAUCCCUCACCUGUUUGUUCAACGCAACACAGGAGGUUCUCCACGGACGGCAUGCCACCUGAAUCCUAGCCCAGAGGAAGAGGAAUACACCUUAGCAGCCCGGCCACCUGUGCGACUCAACGAUGUGAUGCUGAAACUCGUCACCGAACUGAGAUGGCAAAAAUUUAUAGUCUUCUAUGACAGUGAUUAUGAUAUCCGUGGCCUACAAGGAUUUCUGGAUCAGGCUUUAAAGCUUGGACUUGAUGUGUCUUUACAAAAAGUAGACAGAAACAUCAGCAGGGUUUUUGCCAGCCUUUUCACUUCCAUGAAAACCGAAGAGCUGAACCGCUACCGAGAUACGUUACGGAGAGCCAUCUUACUUCUGAGCCCAAGGGGAGCACAGACAUUCAUCAAUGAG